UCAUUUCAAUAUUAUUUCGUGUUUUAAUCGUGAUUUCGAUAUUUUAAAAUGGAAUGCAAGACAUUCCAUAAAGGAAAAUACUAUAUUACUUUUAAACGAGGAUUUGAAGACAGUAAAAGAGAUGUUACUGUUACUAUCAUGAAGAUUUUCGGCAGUGAUAGCUUGCGAAUAUCUCUUUCCGACGAAGAUGAUCCUACGUUUCUAUGCAUUCUCAAUGUUUCGAGGUGCGACUACGAGGAUCUGAAGAAACAGCAAGGCCUGUUGAUAGAUUUCGAUAAUUUCCCGUCGCAGCUAGUUAGGCUCCUUCAACAAUGUGCAUCAAACAAUAUGUUCCUGAUUGUGCAACAGACAAAUCCAGUCCAAUUUUAUUUUGAAAUUGUGGAGCACAAUGAGUUCAGGCGUUUAGUUCAUUUGUCACUGAAGACUGGGCCGGCUACAGAUGCAGACAUCAAGCAACAUAUGGCUGAUACUAUCAAUAAUUUAAAGAAUACCUUGGCAUCUUUUAAAAGCUCAGCAACAAGCAGUGAAGUGAUGUGGAAGGAGAAGUGUAUCAAAAUGGAGCAGAAAAUACAUGAAUUGACAAAUAACUUGGCUGAACUGAAGGAUGACAGGAGAAAGAAUGAGAUUGAGUUUCAAGAAGCAUUGAAACUGGAGAGAGACAGGGCUGCUCAGGAAAGACAACAGUGGCAGAAAAAUGCAGAUAUAAAUGCAAAAGCUCAGCUUGCAAGUUCAGAAGAAGCCUUGAACAGGAAAAACAAACAGAUUGAAGAGUUAAAUGCUAUAUGCCAGCAGCUGAAAGACAAAAUAGGCCAUUUGGACAACCAACUGAGUGAAAAAUCUCAAAGACUAAUGCUGUUAGAGGGAGAAGUCCAAAAGUCUCAUAUAGAAGUAGCUACAUUGAAGGCAAAAAAUGCAAGCUUAGACAGAGAAAUUACUGAAAAAGAAAAACAAAUUAACAACUUGAACACAAGAUGUACUUACUUAGAAAAGAUUGGGAAAGAUAAUGCUGACCUUGUCACUGAGCUGAAAAACUCGUUACAAAUAGUUAAAAAAGAAAAGGUAACUUUAGAAGAAAGACUAGCUGUAAGUGAAUCACUAGCGAAUAGAAAUAAUGAAGCUGCAAAUUCAACUUCAGAACAACUGCUGAAGGCUAACCAAAUAAUUUCGAAACAAAAUAAUGAUAUCAUUGAAAUGAAAGAAAAGAUACUAUGUCGAACAGCAAUAGCAUUAGAACAAGAAAAAGUUAUAGAGAAAAACAAUAAAGAAAUUGAGGAGCUCAAGUCUGAGAUAAAUAUGACUAAACAGAAUAUUGACAGUCUAAAAACAGAAUUGGACAAGCUAAAAGAAAAGUAUAAAAUAAACGAAGCAGCAUUGAAAGAUAAAGAAGAAAUGAUAAAGAAUAAUAAUAUGGUGAUCCAAUGGCUGCAUAAAAAAAUGGAGGAUACUUGUGAACCAAUCAGCGCUGUGAGAAACAAAUCAUUCAACGGAGCCGCCAAACAUAGCUCGACGCCGCAUGUUCAGCCGAAUGAGAGUUCAGAUUUAGCUGAGGGCAUGUCAGAAGAAUCUAUAAAUUUUUAUGCUACAUCGAAAAUGUCCACAUUUGAAGGAACUCCUGUAACGAAAACUCAAGAUCAUGGAAAUAAAAUCGGACUUGACCCGAAAUACCUCAGACCGGCUGAUGAUAAAACAAACAAGAUUACAAAAGAUUGCGGAUCACAGAAGUCCGUAAAAGGAAAGGAAAAUGACAAAUUCAGUUUACCUCAAGUGGAUUACAGAGAAAAAAAAUCUUCGCGAAAAAAUACCUAUCGGGCGACACCGGUGUCGGCAUAUUUUCCAUGAGAAUUUAAUCCCAGUUUGGUGUUAAAUAGUACAUUACAUCAGAGGCCGGGAAAAUGAGGAUUUCCGGCCGGAUAGGGAUACGAGGCCGGGAAUCCGUUUUCACGCCGAGGCAUGUAUAGUGCUUUUCUCAAACAUACAAUGAAAU